UGCGUGCACCAUGUCAGAGUACAACCGGCUGAAGAGUAUGCUGCUGGAUAUGCAGCCUAAGGUCUUGAAGACCAGUGAGCCAAGGCAGAAGAGAGACAUGGAUGAGAAGAGAGCUCUGGUAGACACCAUGUUCAAAUUCUUGGAUGUGGACCAGGACAGCAAGCUGGUCAAUGAAGAGCUGGAGAAGAUCUCUGUGAAGGAACACCUAGAUGACAGCCUGCUGGAGUGCACCAUGCAGGACCUGCUGCGCUAUGAUGAUUACAAUAACGAUGGGCGCCUGAGCCUGCACGAGUUCUACACGGCAUUCCAGGUCGUCCAGCUGAGUCUGCCAGAGGAACAGUGGAUCAGCAUCUCCACGGUAACAGUGGGCCUCAGCGCUGUCCUCACUUGUGCCAUCCAGGGAACGCUACGCCCGCCAAUCAUCUGGAAGAGGAAUGGUGUCAUACUGAACUUCUUGGACCUGGAGGAUAUCAACGAUUUUGGAGAUGAUGGCUCAUUGUACAUCACCAAGGUGACGACAAUCCACAUGGGGAACUACAGCUGUCAUGCUUACGGCUAUGAAGACCUCUACCAGACGCAUGUGCUGCAGGUGAAUGUCCCUCCAGUGAUUCUGGUGUAUCCAGAGAUGCAGGCUCAGGAGCCCGGCGUCUCUGCCAGCCUGCACUGCCACGCCGACGGUAUCCCCAAUCCUGAACUCGUCUGGCUGAAGAACGGCAUGGACCUACUGCCUGGCACAUCCAAACAGCUGUCCCUCAUAGCAAAUGGCAGCGAGCUGUUUAUUGGAAGCGUACGGUACGAGGACACAGGUGCGUACACUUGCAUUGCCAAGAAUGAGGUGGGAGUGGAUGAAGACAUCUCCUCGCUGUUUGUUGAAGAUUCAGCCAAGAAGACCCUUGCAAACAUUCUGUGGAGAGAAGAAGGGUUGAGUGUGGGGAAUAUGUUCUAUGUGUUUUCCGAUGACGGCAUCACAGUUCUCCAGCCCAGUGAAUGUGAGAUUCGCAGACACAUGAAGAAAACAGAAAGGAUUGUGGCAACCUAUGAGGAGAUGUGUCCUAAAGGUGAGGGGGUGUCACCUCAGCACUGUGUGUGGUCCUCAGCAGUCAACAUCAGGGAUAAGUACAUCUACGUGACCCAGCCCCUCCAGAGUCGUCUGCUGGUUGUUGAUAUUCAGGCCCAGAAGGUGGUGCAGGCAGUCACAACAGACCCUUUUCCAGUAAAGCUGCUGUAUGACAAGUCACAUGACCAGGUGUGGAUCCUGACAUGGGGAGAUAUGGACAGAACACACCCAAGACUUCUGGUCAUUCCCCAAGCCAGUGUGGGAGAGGUGCACCAUGCCGCCCGUACGUCCUUCCAGAGGGUCAACGACUUCUUUAUUCCUCCAACUAACCUGAUCAUCACUCACGUGAGGUUUGGCUUUGUCUUCCUCAAAAAUGAACCUGCCGUUCAUAAAAUUGACCUGGAGACCUUUCACCGAGUCAAGACCAUCAGCCUGAAAAACGACAGCUGCAUACCAGUAAGCAUGGCCUACACCCACCUGGGCGGUUUCUACUUUGUCCAAUGUCAGAACAAGAGCCAUCUGCAAGCCCCGCCCCACAUGCUCAUCGACAGUGUGACAGACACAGUGAUUGGUCCAAACCUAAAUGUCACAGGCUCACCCUUUGUGUCACCAGACGGUCGAUACAUUGUGACGCCUGUCCAACAGAGGUCAAAGCUCGUCAUACAAACUGUGUCCUUCCAGGGAGAGCUGGGUUUGAACCAGGAAAUGGAUGAUCCUGUUGUUGUAUCUGAUCUAGUGUUCCAGCACUCCUUCACAGAGGCCAAUCAGUAUGUGGUGGUGGCCACCUCAGGUUCAGGCACGGACCUCCUGUUUGCUGACCUGUCCUCGGGCCGCACUGAGGUUCUGCAAAGCCUCAAAGAGCCUCUUGACCAUCAAGCCUGGCCUUGGGGAGGUCCCAACAGAGUGGUGAUCUCCAGUGGGUUGUUCGGACAGUACCUGUUAACGCCAUCAGCAGAGUCCCUCUUUGUUCUGAACGGAAAACAGAGAACACCACAUUGUGAGGUGUCAGACAUCAAGAGAGGGAACACAGCUGUCUGGGUUGGUGAGGCAUGAGGAAGAAAGAAUUUUUACAAAUGGCAAGAAAUGAAAAAGAACAAGGAUGAGGCUGAAUUACCUAUUAUUAAGAUUUAUGUGAUCAUAAGUUGUGGACUCAACCUUGGGACUGAGCGAGAGAAAUACCUGCCUGGGUUUGUUGUAUCAAAAGUACACUUCAAAUAGAGUCAAUGAGAAAACAUAAAGAAAAUCUGUUGUGAUAUUUUUAUUGGGAGAAAGUGUCAAUGCCAUUCAGUGCAACAGUGAUCUAUGUGCACUUAACUAUACAGUUAUACAUUAUUGCACUUCCUUCCAUGUUAUCACAGCAAAUAUGUACCUGAAGAGGGGUUAUUAUUGAACUAUGCACAAUGCUCACUUUUUUAGAGUAAAAAGCUUUCAGAUUUUGUUGAUCUUAACAAUGUUUGUCGUUUUCACCAGUGCUUCAUAUAGUCACUACAAACAGUCUUUGUCUUGUCUGCCGUUAGUGUUUGCGUGUUCAGAGCCCAUCUGUUUUCUCUCCUUUGGUAUUGUAGUGUGUCUUCGUCUUAAAGCAUUCACAUGCUCCCCGUGCCAGCACAUGUAAGACCCUCUAUUUACAACAUGUAUCCAAAGAGCCCGAUUGGUCCAUUAGGUGGUGACGAUGGAUGUGUUGAUGAUAGAGGACGCCUAACCAGAAAUGAAACGUGCGUCCUGCCAUCUUCAUGAAAUGAUAGUCUGUCCACUCUCUCUCACAUUUAUUGUAUGUCUGCAGCGCGGCGAUGUGCUGUGAAGCCUGACAAUGACACUUAGUAGAGUCUCUCAGGGUAAUGGCUCUGGUCUACAGUGACUCACAUCCCAACAAAGUGUCAUCAGCUCUGCUGUCUGACUGGCUGUGAGCAUUUGUACUUUCUCUUAGAAAACUGCAUCAGGAUUAAACAUCAAAGCCUGCAAAUUACACUUGUCAUACGCAGCAAUUAUCCAGCAUUAGUGACAGGACAAUAGCACAAACACAUUAUAGUCAUUUUCAAACCUACAUUUUUGAUUUGUCACUUGGAUUUAGGUAGAAAUUAUAAAGGCACCAGAUAUUU